CUGCUAACCAAAAGGAAAUUAUUUACACAUGGGAUUGAACGUAUCUUUUAAUUGUGUGAAGUUGAUACCUUGAGGUGACAGUGCAGCCAAUAGGGGAAGAAUGCAGUAUUUAUUGACCCCCAGCGAUAGCCAGACAUUAUCUAAGCAAAUUAAAAUAGCCUCUGUUGACCUCAGCAGUUGUGCAAUGUCAGUAAAACAUGCAAAAAAAAAAAAAAAAAAAAAAAAACACACAGUAUGAUCUAAAGGUUAAGGACAGACGAUGGUGUUAGUUAUGGAAUGUGUCCUAGCCGUGAAGAUCAACCGUGGACCAGAAGUCUGCAGUAAACGAUGCGGGUCCACCACAGACCAUUCACUACAUUUCGUAAAGUACUUAAAUGCUCUUGAAGCAGGAAUAAAUAUCACAUUGAAGAUCAUUGGGAUUCAGCAAGAAGGAUGCAGGCUGUCCAACAGGCAGCCACACAGGGUGGAGCACAUAUCAUCCAAACUGCUGGAGGUCAGCUGAUGCUCCAGACUGUGGGUGGCACAGGCUCAAUCCAGGUGGCUCAAGCUGGGGGCACUCAACAACUUCAACAGCUACAGGUUGUACCAGCAUCGGGGAUACAAAGCAACAACCAUGUAGUGACUGUACCUGCUGGGUCAGCACAGCAAGCACAGAUCAUCCAGACCUCAGAUGGCCAGGCUAUUGUGUAUCCUAUUCAAGUUGAUGGUCAAGGAAAUAUUCUCCAUCAACAGUCCACAGUUCUGAAUCUUUCAGGUAACCUCAUCCAGCUUGCAACAUCAAAUCAAGGAGGCACUGUACAACAGAGUCCUAGCCAAACUAACCAACAAACACCAACAGCAGCAGCAACAGCUCAAAAUUCUCAGUCUAACUUAGGAAGUGUGGUUAUGGUUGGUAAUGGAGCAGUAGCUCAGUUGCAGCGAAUACCUCUACCUGGACCUGAACUUUUAGAGGAAGAGCCCCUUUAUGUUAAUGCUAAGCAGUACCAUAGAAUUCUUAAAAGACGACAAGCUAGAGCCAAACUUGAAGGGGAUGGUCGGAUACCUAAGGAACGAAAAAAAUAUCUCCAUGAGUCAAGGCAUAGACAUGCAAUGAACAGGAUACGAGGCGAAGGGGGAAGGUUUCACAAAGGAUCCGCCAAUACCAUCCGUAAUAAUAACUUCUCAGACAGAAACCACUCGAGAGAAGACAUGAUGGACAAUUUAGGAGGCUUAGGGCUACAGAAUGGCAUGGAUGAACUCAUCACUGGAGACACAGUGCCAGCUCGUGUGACUGACACCAAAGUGUUUGUUAGCUGAGGCAUCACAGGCCUUUCUAUUAUCAGAUAAGGAUUGAAGAUAUAUGCAUUCUGAUCUCUGGCUGCAAGUUUGUAGUGAUUACAAAAGAAUGAUGUUCUGUAUGAUGCCAUGGAAUCAACAUCUUAUCAUGCUAAGUACAAGAGUUUGUCAUAUGCAACUUGUGAUACACAUAUGGUGUUUGAGAUUGGGAUUGUGCUCUAUUUAUUGUAGAAUUAGGCAUGACCUGUAAUGUGUGUGGCAUUUUAAGAGGUUUGACAUUGGAAAUGAUCUCAUCUUCAUGUAAGGAGUUUGGUACUUUAAUCAAUCUUGUUUUUGUUGUCAUAAGUUGUGUAACAAUACCUGUAAAUUACAGGCUGUAUGAUUUGGUCACUGACAAUAAUACUUGACUCCUUAUAAGCUAUUAGAAUGUGAACACCAAUAAGUCACAGCAAUCUUGUCUUGUCCAAGAGUAACUUUCAUCAUCAGCAAUAAAUUUUAAUGCUUUAUAUUUCAACAUUUGGUAUGACCUCAGUCAAGUUUCUUUUACACUCUCAUUUCAUAAUGUAAAAUCAUACAAGAAAACUGUGAUAGUAACUUGGGAUUUAAAAUUUAAUCUGUAGUCAACUCUGUGCCUCUUGAAGUUGAUGUUAGGCAAAAAGAUCUAAAAAAAAUGAUAAGGAAAUAGGGAAUAAGAUACUGUUAUACCAUGAUGUGCAGGGAAUUACUUUUUGUUGAGCCUUGGCACUAAUUCAUGUAUCAUAUUUACAUAUUCAGUGAUUUACAUUUUUUGUCCCUUGAAAUUCAUAAUUACAAGGAGAACUAGUGAUCAAUAAUAUUUAUUUACAGUUGAAUAUUAUAGUGACCAUACAUAUAUUAUUAUAGAAAAUAUGCAUUGAAUAUAAUGCAUCAAUAAAAAGAGUAAUUUUUCUAUAUCUUGUUUACUUACUUUUCUGUUUCAAGUUAUGAUAUUGAAUGAAGGUACAAGAAUUAGGAAUUUCACACCUGCAGUUUAUAAAAUGAUCUUUGUAAUGCAGAUGUCCACUAGGGUUGAAAAGCUUUCCUUUGUAAAAGAAGAUAUGGUUAUAUUUUAUAAACAUACUGGCUAUGGUAUUUUAUAAAGAACAGUAAAAUAUGUCAAUCUGGGUUAUA